GGCAUUGAUUAAAAACAAGUAAAAAAAAAAAAAAAACCCUGACUGUUUGAGUCGUCGGACUCCAUUGAAAUCACUACAUAAAUUGGCCAAGUCCCAACACUGAAUUUCUGAAUCCUCCAGAAUUUUUUUUUUUAAACGAAAAACUCUCACAUAUGGCUGAAGUAAAGCUGCUUGGAACAUGGCCGAGUCCUUUCUACUAUAGAGUUGUUUGGGUCCUGAAAUUGAAAGGUAUAGCAUAUGAAUUCAUAGAAGAAGAUCUGAACAACAAAGGUCCACUGCUUCUCCAGCAUAAUCCAAUUCACAAGAAGAUACCAGUACUUAUCCAUAGUGGAAAGUCAAUUUGUGAGUCUAUGAUCAUUCUUGAAUAUAUCCAAGAGAUUUGGCCACAAAAUUCCCUGCUGCCAACUGAUCCUUAUGAUAGAGCCAUCGCUCGUUUUUGGAUUAAAUUUGCUGAGGAUAAGCUUCCAGCAAUCUGGAUGGUGUUUCGAACCAGUGGUGAAGAACAAAAGAAGGCGAUUAGGGAUAGCCUGGAAAUGCUAGAAACAACUGAAGAACAUGCGCUUGGAGACAAGACGUUCUUUGGGGGAGACAAGAUUGACUUGGUGGAUAUAGCUUUUGGUCAACUUAGCCAGUGGUUACAAAUGGUUGAAGAUGUAACAAACGUUAAGCUACUCGAUGCUAGCAAGUUCCCUCGUUUGCAAAGAUGGAUCAAUAAUUUCAAACAAGUUCCCAUAAUAAAAGAAAACCUUCCUGAUUACCAAGAGAUGUUUGCUUACUUCAAGGCUCUCAGGGUAAUGCUACUUUCAUCCAAAUGACACAUCUGUGUAUUAGUAUCUAUUGCUCGUAUUUUCUUGUACUGUUGAUCUUUCCUAGGGAAAUAAAAUGUUGAAAUCAUGCCUUAGAAAUUGGCAUUGAGCUUGAACCAAGAUGCCUUUGUUCAAUGUUCAGGUCUUUGUUCAUGGUCAUCUAUUUUAUUUUAAACUUGUUUAUGUUUAAAGUUCGAAUUA